UGUUCACCCACCACCGCCAGCCUGAUGGCCAGCUACGUCACCAACAGGACCGACCCGCGCUCCCUCAACUCUCGGGUCUUCAUCGGCAACCUCAACACCCUGCUGGUCACCAAGGCGGAUGUCGAGGCCAUCUUCUCCAAAUACGGCAAGAUCGUGGGCUGCUCUGUCCACAAGGGCUACGCCUUUGUUCAAUACACCAAUGAGAGGAGCGCGUGGGCCACCGUCGGCGGGGAGGACGGGAGGAUGAUUGUCGGACAAGUUCUUGAAAACCUCAGCCUGCUCUGAUUGAUCCACCAACCUGAGCCAGCACAAACAAAGCUAUUGUUGAAAGGCCAUCGAACAAGGACAGGUGGUGGAUGUCUGAUAGUUGGUACAAUUACC